AUGGUGUUGAUCAAGCCAAACAUCCCAACCGACCAGAAGAGCGCGGCCCACCACGUCUUCCGCCAUAUCGUCAAGAAGGAUGAUGUCGUGUACGACAAUGACUUUUUCAAAAUCACCCAGCCAGAGUCGUGGAACGUCGUAUAUCGCCUCAAAGGCAAACUGGCACAUGACAGCUACCGCAUUCACUUCAAGAACUUUGACGAAGACAAGCUGUUCCAGAGCGAUCCCGCCAAAAAGUUUCAGAUUCUUGACAUUCUUGAAAAGCUGCGUGCCUUGACUGGCAAUAAGGGCUCCUUCCGCAAGCCCUCUGCCAACACGCUGCUGCUGAACCAGCGCAAUGCCUUCGAGAACAAGCUGCGCGCUCUGACCGAAGAAACGCCCGUCCAAAAGAAUCUGUUGGAUUACGACAUUCUUCGCACGCUGGGCACAGGCUCGUUUGGCCGUGUGUUGUUGGCUCGCGACAAGCAAGUUCCGGACUCGUAUGUCGCCAUCAAGCUCAUCAAAAAGUCUGUCGUCAUCAAGCUCAAGCAAGUCGAACACACCAUCAACGAGAAGAACAUUCUUGCUUGCAUCAGCUGUCCCUUUGUGAUUUCGCUCAACACACACUUCCAGGACAAACUCAACCUCUACUUUGUCAUCGAGUACAUCAACGGCGGUGAAAUGUUUACCCACUUGCACCGAAACAAGCACUUUUCGUACGAAAUUUCAAAGUUUUUCGCCGCAGAAGUCAUUCUGGCCCUCGAGUACCUGCACAACCUCGAUAUCGUGUACCGCGAUCUCAAGCCUGAAAACUUGCUGAUCGACUCCAACGGUCACGUUCGCGUGACCGACUUUGGCUUUGCCAAGCGCGUGUCGCACCGCACCUGGACGCUGUGCGGCACGCCCGAAUAUCUCGCGCCUGAAAUCAUCCAAUCAAAGGGCUACGGCCAUGCGGUCGACUGGUGGGCGGUCGGCGUGCUCAUCUAUGAAAUGCGCUGCGGCCACGCUCCGUUCUACGACGCCAACCAGAUGGACAUGUACCGAAAAAUCGUCGACGGCCAGUAUUCCUUCCCUUCCAGCUUUAAGGAAGACGAGAGGAGCAUUAUUUCGGGCUUCCUAACCUUUGAUCUCACGCGCCGCCUCGGAAACAUGAAGGACGGCACCAAGGACAUCCGGGACCACGUUUACUUCCGCGACACGAACUUUGACGACAUUUACAACCUGCGUGUCAAGUCGCCGUACAUUCCGAAGGUGGCUUCGGCUGGCGACGCGUCCAACUUUGAGCGAUUCGAAGAGGAGCCAAUCGAGUGGAACGAUCGUGGCGUCGACCCCUACGAGGAGACGUUCAAGGACUUUUAG